AUCCCCCUCCGAACAUGGAUAAAUUACCGCCCAGCAUACCUCGACGAGCUCCUAAGACUCGAAGGACGUGGAACAUACAUCACGCAAACACGCUGCUGUACAUGUAACGCUCCCGGUGUGGAACUCCAUCGGUGCAAGGACUGUCUAUCAUUUGGCGAGAUGUUAUGCGCGGCGUGUAUGGUCAAUAGUCAUAAAGCACAUCCGUUUCACCGCAUUGAGGUUUGUACGCCCUUGGGAACGUCCUGGCAUUCUCGUACUGAAGCAUCUGUAGGCCUGGAAGUCCACCUUGGUCAUACUACAGCAACCAAAUGCCCGUUCAGUUCCCCGGGCCACGCUCAAUUCAUUGCUUUGCAUGUCAACGGCCUUCAUCGCAUUGCGAUAGACUUCUGUGGAUGCCCUUCAUCACCCCCACGACACGUUCAACUCCUACGUGCAUCGCUCUACCCCGCCACACCUCACUGA